ACCGGCCGGCGUCACAGACACGCGAGCAGAGCACAGACACAGAGCACACAGCACAGAGGCAGCCACCACCACAGGCACUCACCCGCACCGCUCGGUCACCGAGGAGUGGAGGAGCUUUGCAGUCGCAGCAGCAGCAGUACAGUGUGUGAGUGUGAAGGGACUAGAGCAGGGCACACAGCGCAGGCCGCAUGGGCGAGGCGGAGGUGGAGAAGCCCAAGGAGGCGGCAGAGGAGGAGAAGAAGAAGGAAGACAAGCCCAUGGACGCCACGGCGGCGGCGGAGGACAAGCCCAAGGACGCCGCGGCGGCGGAGGACAAGCCCAAGGACGGGGAGGAGAAGAAGGACGACGCGCCCCCUCCCCCCCCGCCGCCGCCGCCGCCCGAGGAGGUCGAGAUGCGGGUCUACAUGCACUGCGAGGGAUGCGCCCGCAAGGUCAAGAAGAUCCUCAAGCGCUUCGACGGAGUGGAGGACGUGGUCGCCGACUCCAAGUCGCACAAGGUGGUGGUGAAGGGGAAGAAGGCGGCCGCCGACCCCAUGAGGGUGGUGGAGCGCGUGCAGAAGAAGACCGGCCGCAAGGUGGAGUUGCUGUCGCCGAUCCCGCCGCCAACGCCGCCGGAGGAGAAGAAGGCAGAGGAGGAGCCCGAGCCGCCAAAGCCGGAGGAGAAGAAGGAGCCGCCGGUGAUCGCCGUGGUGCUGAAGGUGCACAUGCACUGCGAGGCCUGCGCCCAGGGGAUCAGGAAGAGGAUCCUCAAGAUGAAAGGCGUGCAAUCUGCAGAGCCAGACCUCAAGGCGUCGGAGGUGGCAGUGAAGGGCGUGUUCGAGGAGUCCAAGCUGGCGGAGUACGUGUACAAGCGCACCGGCAAGCACGCGGCCGUCGUCAAGUCCGAGCCGGUCCCGGCGCCACCGCCGGAGAGCGGCGCCGGCGACAACACGGGGGCCAAGGAGGAGGAGAAGGGGCAGGAGGAGGAGAAGGAGAAGGAAGGAGGAGGCGAUGGCGGUGGCGAGGAGAAGAAGAAGGAAGGGGGCAAGGAGGAAGAGAAGAAGGACGGCGAGAAGCAGGAGGAGGAGAAGGAGGGCGGCGGUGGCGGCGAGAAGGUGGAGGAAAAGGAGGGAGAUAAAGACGCUGCCGCUGCCGCCGCCGCCAGCAUGUACAUGCACUACCCGAGGUUCCCGUUCCCGGGAGGCUACUACGCGCCGCCUCCGGGGUACGUCUACCAGCCGGUGUACCCGGCGCCGGCGUACGCGGCGUACGCGCCGCCGCACCACCAGCCCAUGGCGCCGCAGAUCUUCAGCGACGAGAACCCCAACGCAUGCUCCGUCAUGUAACUAAAAAACAGAAGGAGCCUUGGCGAGAGAGGGGGA